AUGGAUUACGAUCGAGAGAGACCCUACUCUGUUCUAACGAGAGAUGAAGUUAGCGAGAAGAUGAAGAAACAGAUCAAUGACAUCUCCGAAAUCUUCUUGGUUUCAAAGUCCGAUGCGACCGUACUCCUCAUGUCUCUCCGAUGGGACUCGCUUCGUGUUUCAGAGCGUUUGAGUGAAAACAAGGAGAAAUCGUUGACGGUUUCAGGUCUGAAACCAGUUGUAAUUGAUACUAACCUAGAUUCAUGUAGCGAGAUUAGCUUUGAGACUGAUGCUUAUGAGUUUGAGGAUGAUGAUGCUGCUGCUGAUGAUGAUAAUAACGAUGAUGGUGAUCUAAUCUCCACGCCGUUUUGUUCUCACAAGUUCGGCACAACAUAUUGGACAGAGUAUCUUGAGAAGCACUUUUACUCUGUGGAGACAGUCCAAACUGCAAUCUCUUGUCCUGAUGAAAACUGUCGAUCUGCGGUUGGACCGGACACGAUCGAGAAACUAACUCUAAGUGAUCAAGAGAUGUACGAGAGGUACGUUCUGAGAUCUUACAUUGAAGGAAACAAGGUCUUGAUGAUCAAAGAGUGUCCUGCAACGGAUUGCAAUUACGUCAUUGAGUUUCACCAGGAGAAUCAUGACGAUGGUGAUGACUAUAGCUUAAACGUGGUGUGUCUCUGUGGUCAUAUCUUUUGUUGGAGAUGCAAGCUUGAGUCACACAGACCAGUGACAUGCAACAACGCUUCUGAUUGGUUGUGUAGGGACAAAAAGAAUCUAUCAGAUGAAUCUUUUAGCCUUCCCUCCAUCAAUAUCAAUACCAAGAUAAUGACUUGCCCUCAUUGUCUUUGUCCUGUGGAGUCUACAAUAACGCCACAGUUCUUGACUUGUAUCUGCAGGCUUAGUUUCUGUUCAAAGUGUUUGCGGUCAAAGGAAGACCACAAGUAUGGAUCCUGUGUUGAAUCAGACGUGGGGGUUUCAUGUGAGGAACGCUGGGGCGUGUGUCAGAAUUUACUGGAGCAAGCUAAAUCUGAUCUAGAAGCUUUUGAGGAAUCCAACAUCAAGAACCAAAGUAACUUGAAGGAGCAAGACAUUAUGAUUAUAAGACAAGGACUGAUGCUGAUUGUUCAAUGCAGACGAGUGCUUAAAUGGUGUUGUGUGUAUGACUAUUUCCACACAGAGUAUGAGAACUCUAAGAAGGAGUAUCUACGAUACCUUCAAGAAAAUGCAACCGUCGCUCUUCAGAACUACUCGAACACUUUACAAGAGCAAAAAGAUGUUUUCCUCACUACAACUACUUAUAAAGAGUGUAGCUUCUUCAGGCAUACCAUACCUAGAGCCACAAGCAACAUUGGUAACUACUUUUAUGAUUUCAUCAAAACUUUGCAAGAUGGUUUGGUCGAUGUGAAGGUGAUGUCUUACAACGGCGGGGCUGGUCCUUUCUGGUAUUGUGAUCGUUGCACGUAUGGGAACACUUGGCUUGCUACGGAGUGUGAGAUGUGCUGUGAUGAUACUGCCUCUCUUGUGGAAGAGCUAAGUGAUUUUUCUCUUAACAAGGCUUCUUAAAAAGAUAUAACAAAAGAUUUAGGAUAUAUGAAACUAUCAACUUGAAUGAUUUACAACUGUUUUGAUAUGUAAUAACCGCUACUAUUUUUCAUCAUGGUCUUGAAUAUUUCUGGUCAAAUAAUGUGUUUUUCCAAACUUCACACGUCCUCUUUUGGGAAUCUUCAAACCACCACCGUGACGCUUCUUCAAGUUUUUCAACCACGGUGUUCUCUUGGCAUGACUCUGCA